UGUGCGCGCUUGCUCCUUCUGGGUCGCGCGCAUCAUCACUAGUGUCGCUAGCACUGUGACUUUAAGAACGAUUUUUUUAUAUAGAGAAAUAUAUAAAUAAAUAAAAAUAGGUUCUUCCGGUCUAUUAUAACAAACGGCAAAUAUUGUGUCAAAAAGCCAGGGGAUAAAGGAUCCGCGUGCACGCUAAAAAAAAAACAGCGUUUUCUCCCUUCAACAUGGUGAAGAUAAGCUUUCAGCCCAUCACAGGACAAAAAGCCGAGAAAGAGGAGGGUGAUGGAGAUAAAACUCAAAUAUUCAUACCGCAUCCUCACGUGGAAGAGGAGCUGGUCUUGCCUGUCGGACGGAAGCGCUCCUCUCUGAGUGGACUUUGCUGUCUGACAACUGCACUGAUUGUCUUCACCUGCAGUUUGAUAUAUGCGUCAAUAUAUAUCUACCGUUACUACAUCAUUCCUCAGGUUCCGGAUCAGAGUCGAUUCCACUGCCGUGUUGUGUAUGAGGACUCGGUGGCCGCUCCACUGCGAGGGUCUCAAGAGCUGGAGGAGAACGUGGGGAUCUACCUGAAGGAAAACUAUGAGCAAAUCAGCGUGCCUGUGCCCGACUUUAGCAACACAGACCCUGCUGACAUCAUUCACGAUUUCCACAGGGGUCUGACGGCCUACCAUGACAUUGCCUUAGACAAGUGUUAUGUCAUUGAGCUCAAUACCAGUGUAGUAAUGCCACCACGUAACCUCUGGGAACUGCUCAUCAACGUCAAGAAGGGGACUUACCUCCCCCAGACAUACAUUGUCCAGGAAGAGAUGGUCGUGACUGGACGUGUUAAUAAUAUGCAUCAGCUGGGCCGCUUUAUUUACCGUCUGUGUAACGGUAAAGAUACGUACAGGCUCCGUCGCCGCACCUCGCGCCGCCGUAUCACCAAGCGUGAUGCGCAGAACUGUCACCGAAUCCGCCACUUCGAGAACACGUUCGUGGUGGAGACAGUGAUUUGUGAGACUCCAUAGGCUGAUUGUCUCUUUGCCCCGCCCAUUUCUGAUGAGAUCACAUGCGUUGUUCUCGGUAGCCACACCCCCUUUGAAAAUUACACUCUUUACCUCUGCUCCCUCAUGUCUUUAAAUCCCAUUUCGCUCUCUCUUUUUGUACUUCUCUCUAGCAAUUCAUUACAAAUGUUCCUGUCUGAACAGUCUGCAUAUUUGCAAUAAUAAGCAUUUUCAAAUUGAUGCAUUUAAAAAUGUAACAGUAGCAUCUGAAGUCUUAAAAUGAGAAGAUUACAUGGGCAUUAAGCUGCACAAUGCCUGCAUGCUUGUACCUGCGUGUGACUGGCUGUUUGUGCUCCAUCAAACUGCUCUUUGCUCUCUUAUAUAUUUGUGUGUUUUUAGAUCUAUUCUGCUCAGUCAUGGCUAGAGAUGCAUCGAAAUGUUGGCCAAAAUGCCAUAAAAUGAUGAGAAAACUGGGCAAAAAUGUUAACAGAAAGCAUUAAUCCAACUCAGUUCAAUUAAUGUAGCUUAUUGUGCACCGCAAAAUGAUUUUCUUACUUAGCAUUUUUGUCUUGUUUUCUAUCAUAAAUAUCUAAGAAAUCAAUACAUUUUCUUGAGAAAAUAUUACGUUUUAUUUUCUGAAAAAAAUAAUCAAGUUAAUGCAUAAAACAAGAAAGAAUAUCCAUGAUUGGGGUAAGAAUAAUAAUGUUUUCCUUUUAAAAUUAACUUUUUUUGUUGAACCCAUUAACAGAUGUUUUUUCUUAUUUCAAACAAACUUGCUUCAUUUUGAUAUUUUUUUUCAGAAAGCAAGACUUAAUAUCUUAGUCAUUUUGCUUCUUAAGUAAAUAUAUCUUGAUUUAGGAAUGUUCAGAUAUUUGUAACUAGACACUAGAAAUUAAUUUUUGUUCAGUGUAAAUGACGUAAGAGCGUACGUCAUUUACAGCUUUCUGUAUACAAUUGAUAAGCACAACAAACUCACUGAAGUCUAUCAAAACGUUUUGUGGUAAAAAUGACUGUACAUUUUCUAGUUGUACGGUAAAUUUAAAACUAUCGAUCACCGCCAUCUUGGUCAAAGGCACAUUAUUACAACGCAAGUUUUCAAGUGCUUGCGCAGAGCCCAUGAGUACUUUUCUUUCGGUGCAUCGCUACUCAUGGAUAUCCUAACUGAUCCUAGUGCCAGUUAAAGCGUCUGAUGAAAAAUCACAGCCAUCAUUACAUUUAUCACAUGUGUUUGUUUACUACGUAUCUCAAUAUCCAGUACUCACUGUAUGCCACUUUAGUGCUUCAAAAACACGCCUACUGCGCCACUUCCUCGUUUCUUCUUUCUCUCUGCAUGCUUUGAAGAGAACACGUGCAUUGUUUGAGUAUUUUCUUAUCAUAUGAGUGAAGCCUUAGGCCAGAUUCAUGCCCUGGACUAAUGUAUACAAUCUAUGAAGCUCUUCAUGUUUAUGUGUUUGUGUUGAAGUAAAAAAAAAAAUGGUUUAGUUGGGUGAAGCAAACAUGUAAAUAAACCAAUAAACCUACCCAAGUCA